AUGUUAGUAGUGAUGUGGAACUGUAAUAGUGGAAAUAUGACGAAACGAAAUAGGAUUAUUAAUAUAGUGUUUCUACUUAUUGCAAUAAUAUUUACUGCAAUACCACAAAGUUGGACCGCAUUAUCAAACAAACGAUUAUGUUAUGACCCUGACUGUUCGGAACUUAUUUCGUUGGCCAGAACAAAGAUCAAUUAUAGUCCAAAUGAAGAAGGGUUAUUAGGAUUUAAAAUUAAUACGGAAGUCAAAGUUUACAGUAAAGAAGCAGGUAGCAGAACUGACUUAUGGGGUGUAGAGAUAGAUGGUAAACAUGGAUACGUAUCGCAGUCUUUUUUGAAAGAAUAUAAAAUCUUCCGUAAGAAUUUGCAGCAUGAAGUGCCUAUUAAACCAUUACCUAGUAGUAAUAAACCUGCUGGGAAACUUCAGCCUAAGAAGAUUAAUGAUAAGUCAGAAUCUGUGACAGAGGUUGUCAAAAUUUCAAAUGUUCAGAGUAAUGUUUUGAAUUUGAAAUCUGCAGAGGAACUGCCAUAUGAUGUAACUCCUUCAUAUGAAAUUAUAGAUGGAACAACAUUGAAUGUAGAUCAUAAUGAAUCUUCUAUACAACCGAGUUUUGCAACAAAAGUUGUACAAACAGCAGUAGUGCCAAACAAGAAAGAUGUAAUUGUUAAUUUAGAAACUGAUUCAAAUAGUGGGAAGGAUAAAGGAACUAUUUUUACAGAAGAAAAGUUAUCAAAAGAAGUAUUGAAUAAUAAAGUAGAUGAUAAUGAACAAAAUAUUUCUCAGAAAGAUGACAUUAAUGAUUUUGUGGCUAGUUCUGAAGAAGUACUAGAUUUACCAAAAUUAAAUGGAAUAAAAAUUCCACCAAUCAACGCAAAUAUUAAUUUCAAAAAUGAUCUUGGCAAGGUGAAACACACAAUACAGACUGCAGAAAAUGAAGUAGUUGCUGAAAUACAAGAUGUACAAUCUUCAGAAAAACAUAACACUAAAGAAAAAAUAGAGAACAAUAUCUUGGAUAGUAAUGGAAAAGAUGCAGCAGUCACUGUAUUGAAUAAAUCUAAUAAUAUUGAUUUGGUUAAAACAGCCUCUAUUAAGUCUUCUGAAACAGAUAAACAGGUUGUUCAAACCGUUACUGAAUUUAAUACAGGAGAUGGCCAUUCUUUGAGCCAUCCUACUGGAUUAGAAACAGAACAAGCUGGAUCAAAAGUGGACAAUAAAGCUUUUGAAAAUAUUUCAACUCUUUCUUUGAAAAAUACCACUGAUUUAGAAACAGAAAAAGCUGAAGCAAAAGUGGACAAUAAAGCUUCUGAAAACAGUUCAACUCUAACUUUGAAAAACAUUACUGAAUUAGAAACAGAACAAGCUGAAGCAAAAGGGGACAAUGAAGAUUCUGAAAACAGUUUGACUCUUUCUUUGAAAAAUACUACUGAAUUGGAAGCAGAACAAGUUGAAGCAAAAGGGGACAAUAAAGCUUCUGAAAACAGUUUGACUCUUUCUUUGAAAAAUACUACUGAAUUGGAAACAGAACAAGCUGAAGCAAAAGUGGAUAAUAAAACUUCUGAAAACAUUUCAACUCUUUCUUUGAAAAACACUACUGAAUUAAAAACAGAACAAGCUGGAUCAAAAGUGGAUAAUAAAUCUUCUGAAAACAGUUCAAUUCUUUCUAGUAUCAGUGAACAGGUUUUACCUCUGUUAGUAGAAUCAGACGUGAACCAGACCAAAGAAUUGCCCUCUAAUACGAUUAAAGAAAUUACAGAUGAAGAAACUCCUAAUGUCAGUUCAAAAAGUCUUUCUGAAAAUGUUGAGAUUAAAAUAACUUCAGAUAUAAAAACAGUUGCAGUUGACUCUCAAAGUACGGAACUUGAAGAAAACAAUAAUGCUACUAGCGACAUUAAGGAUGAAGAUACUAAUAAAAGUGAUCUUACAAUAACUUCUGAUCUAGUCACAGAUUCAGAACAUAGUGAUACUUCUAACACUACUAGUACAGAAGAUGUUACUAAGGCAUUGCCUGAGAAUAUUGAAACAGAUGUAAAACAUGAAAUGCAAUAUGAUACUAAUAAAGAAGUGAACAAAAUGACAAGUGAAACAGCAAGUAUAGGUAAUGUUUUACAAAGUCAUAUAAAUACACAAGUUAAAGAUUUGAAUAAUAAUUCCGAUUAUGCUGAAGUACAUCAUGUGUUAAAUGAUUCCAAUCUACCUGAAACUGAAGAAUCUAAUCUAAAUCCAUCGGGAUUACUGUAUCCUACUGAAGACAGUAUAAUUCCAGAAAAUGUAGCAAGCGUCAAUGAAUUUCAAUAUAAACUAAACCUAAUUGUAUGUUUAUGUCAAGUAGAAAAUUUAGCAGAAAAUGAAAGUCAUCAUUUUAUGAAAGAAGCUUUACCUGAACAUGAAAAUGAUAAAAAUGUACUGGAUAAGCAUUUGUAUGAAAAUUCAGAUAUUGUGGAUAGUACAUCUAUAGAAGAAGAAAUGUCAGAAAAUAUUCCGCAUGAAGUACAAGUUUCUUCCCCAGAGGUCUGUGCAGCUGAUAAUUCUGAAUGUUCUACUGCAGAUGAUGCUCGAAAUUAUUUUAUGAAGAAUGAUGAAGUUCCUGAAAACACUGAAAAUGGUUUAAUAUUGGGUAUAAAUAUAGGAAGCAAUUACUGGAUGACACUCAUGUAUUUAAUUGUUACUGCUGCUGCAACACUUAUAUUUUCUUUAGGAUAUUAUUAUAUUGAGAAUAUGAGAAGAGAUGGACAAUUGAUAGCUAAAAUCAAUAAACUUGAAAAGGAUUUACUUGUUUCUACAAAAGAAAGUUCAAUGUUAAUAGAAAAUUUAAAAGUAACACAAGAUAAGUUGACUUGUAUAGAAGAUGAAUCAUUCGGUUCCAAUGAAAUGGUCCUUUCUUUAAAAGCUGAUUUAGUAGCUUCACAGAAAGCAAAAGCUGAAUUGGAAGAUCAAGUUGCUAUGUUGGAAAAAGACUUAGAAAGUGCUACCGAAGCAGGAUUAGAGCUAGAACGAAUGUUGCGAGAAGUUCUUUCCUCGGAUAAUGAAGUGAACCCCAUAGCUCAAUCAGUGGAAGAUCUACAAACAAGAUUAAAUGCUCAACAAACUGCAAAUGAAUCUUUGACAAAUGCUCUUAAUCUUAAAACUCAAGAGAAUGAAUCUUUAUCAGCAGAGCUUGCGUCCUUUAGAAAGAAAUAUGAAGAACUUGAAGUUGAGCUGGUUCGAGUAUCGGAAAAUUUGAAACUUGAAGUGGAUAGUAAGAAUAAUAUUCAGCAAACGUUGACUGAUAAGGUUCAGGAAUUAGAAAUAAAAAUGAAGGAAAUUUCUAUGGAAAAAAUAGCCUUACAGAAAGAACUGAAAAAUAAAGAAGUAGAAGUGGUAGAUCUUAUCGAUGUCAUCAAUCAACUGAAUUCUAAUAAUUUAGAUUUGGAAAAGCUAUAUGAUGUAUCUCGCAUUAAAGCAGAAGCAACAAUUUUGCUUGAAGAAAGGAAUGAAUUAAAAAUACGAUUAACUGAAGUUGAAGGCGCUCACAGUUUAUUAGAAGAACAUAUGAAAGUUAUCAAAGAAGAAGUGUGUACCUUAAGCGAGCAAUGCAAGGCAGCAGAAAAGGAGAAGAAAGAUGCAGAAACACGUCUCGAGGUUUUAUCAAAUUUCUUUAAAGAGAAGGAGGCUCAAAGACAAAAGGAAGAAGCUAUUUGGUUGCAACAACAGGGUGAAGUUGUAUCCACUGUAGAACGAAUACAAACAAUGCAAAAUGAAGUGCAAAAUUAUAAGCAACAAAUAGAAAUGUUGAAACAGGAAAUAUUGGAUCAAGAAAGAGAAUAUAAAAAUCAAAUUUCUCAUCUUGAAACGAAAGCACACGAGCAAUGGGUAAUUGCACGUCAAGUUGAGCGUCGUCUAGAGGAGUCCAAAGUUGAAGCAGGACAAUUGCGUAACAGGCUUACACUUAUAGAAAAGAAUAUUAAUGAUGUAGAUCCUGAAGUAAAAUUACAUCGCCUGGAAGCAAACGGAGAGACGGCAACGUUGCCUCCAUUAUUCAUAGGAGCAGAGUCGUCAAGUUCCCCUAUAAUGUUUUCUGGUUCCUCUGGUGUUCCUCUUCCGCCGCCGCCUUCCUAUUUACACGCAUUAUUUCCUCCGUAUUUACCACCCCCGUUACCAAAUGCGUCUAGUGUACCACCAUACGAAAUUAGUCAACGACCACCACCGUUGGGUGGACGGUUAUCUUCACCCCCACCUAUGCCUCUACAUCCUCCUGCUUCUAGCAGGUAUGAUAACACAGGUUCCCCACCACCAAUGUCCCCACACUUACAUCCGUCUUUUAAUCACAGAAUACCACCACCCCCAUUUGGUAGUGAUCAUAUUCAUUCCCCUCCCCCGCCUCCUCCUGGUUCAGUAUUACCAGCGCACCUUGGAUCAACGCAUUCAUGGGGGGAAGAAUCACUGCCGCCCCCACGGAGCUCUGGUUUUCAUCCACCACAACGAGAACGAGUACGAAAUCACAAAGGUUCCUUACAUUCUUCAGGAGAGUCACUGGACAAGUCGCAUCAUAGUAGUAAAGUUUAACUUGUUUAUUUUGUUACAAAUUUCAU